AUGGGUGAGCAAGCUUACCAUGGCGCCCAAGUGUGCUCCAGCGCCAACCCCAGGAAGUGCCAGGACCUAGGAGACUCAAUUCUUCUGAUUCUGGGCAGCUUCAUCUUGCUCAACGUGGGGAUCAAUGUGGUGACUCUGCUCUGGAGGCAUCUGAAGAGCUCCUUGCGGAUUAUUUUCCAUCAUUUUUUCCCCAAAGACAAGCAGCACAACUGUCUGGGAGGCCAUCCCAUGUGUAUGCGGUGCUCUCCAAAUCCCAAGAAUCUGUGCUCGAGAGCCUCCUCCCGCUUCUACCGUCACCCGAGCUUCCCACUUGGGCGCUCUAGCCACCUCGACUCCUGGAUGCCAGACAUGAGUGAUGAGAAGGCUUUUAAGUGCUGUUGGAAGCCCUCUCAGUGUGGACAUGGUGGGGCUCCCACAGAAAUUCCAUGGGAACUGAGCAAGGAGGGGAUGGUGGGAGCAGGGGAGGCCCCACAGGCCCAGAACUUAAAGACCCAAACCAACUUCCUCUCCAAGCAAGACGUGUCUUCCCAACCCACCAGAAUGAACAAGUUGGAUAUGGUUCCCCUCCACUUGCCCCAAGAGAUCAAGACUAAGACCCCAGACUCUGCCCCUGCGCAGGCCAUCUCUGCUUCUAUCCCUGUGCCCACCCCUGGCCCCACCUUGGCUCCUAACCCUGUGACCUUCAACCAUGGCCUCUCCACUGGUCAUGUGGUUUAUGACGCCCGCAGGGUCAAGCAAAACUUAUUACAAGUUUGUCCCCCCCAGCACUCUGGUUUCCCCAGAAAAGACCUAGGAGCCCUCAUCAUGUCCCAGGAGGGACCAGGCCUGUUGAGCUCUGAUACACCUGGGCAAGCUUCAAAGCCAAGUGAUGAAGACAGUGCCAAGACUUCUAUGGGAUCCAUACUGGGUUACCUGGAGCUGGGAAAUAUGGAAUGGAAGCUCUCAAAGGAUGCUGAAGACAAGUUCUCACAGUCCAAAUCAUUUCCUUAUUGCAGCUUCCAUCCUUGCAGUUCUGAAGGAAAAACUACAGACCCCCAGGCCUCAGUCUGUCCCAAAUUCCUGGUCUAUUCGAAGGAUGCAGCACCUUCCCAGCCCUGCUUUCAUUCUCCAACCAACACUUGGAACUCACAAUGCAUGCCACCACCAUGCACUCUUUCUCUACCACUUGCUCCCCCUCGAUCCUUUGUUUUUGAUCACCCCAGCAACCACUUGAAGCCUACCCUAAAUACUUCUGCCAUUCUCAUAGCCUCCAAGUCUCCUAGGUCCAGUCCUGCUCCCCAGUGCCCCAACCCUCCCCCUCAUUCCAUUCCAACCUCAUUCCAACCUCAGCCCCCCAAACUUCAUGAAAAUAUAAAUUUUACCCAAGACUCUGGACACCAUAAGACCCCAGACCCUUCAAAAGAGUCUAUAGUUCUCAGGAAACCAGGCCUUAGCCAAAAUUUAGGCUUCCAUAACAGUGCAAGUCUUUGCAAGGGCCUAGUUCCUUCUCAAGACUCUGAGCUUCACAAGAACCCAAUAAUUAAUGAAGAUGUGGGCCCCCCAAAGAAUUCGGGUCUUACAAAAGAGACUGAUAAUUUUAGGAAUCCAAGUCUCACCCAACCCUCCGACCUCCACGAGAACAUACCAUUUCCCAAAAAAUCUGACAGUCAGAAGAGCCCAGGUUUUACACGAGAUUCAAAUGUCUAUGGAAAUCCAGAACAAAACCAAAAGACUAUGGUCUAUAAAAAUCAAGAUGUCUCCCCAAAAAGUUGUCUCCAUAACCAUUCAGGCCCUUCUCAAGAUUCUACAAGUUGCGGAAGUACAGGUAAUAGUCAAAUGCCAGUAAUUUCUAGGAGUGAAGAUUCUGGUCCACAGAAAUGUGUUUCCCAGGACUCCAGAGUAAUCAAGAGCUCAGAUCUUUCCCAAGAAUCUGGUGUCCAGAAGAAUCCGGACUUUGCCCAAACCUCUCAUCUCCACAAGGAAUCAGGAGACUACAAGAACCCAUGUCUUACUCAAGAUUCUGACCCUCACAAGAAUCUUAGCCUAGCAACUGAAGCUAAACAGAGAUUUGUUUUUGCCCAUGGUGUUGGAAUUUGCAGGAAUCCAGAAAACAGUCAAGAUUCCAAUUUCCAAAAGUACCCAGGAGUUCAUCAAAAUUGUGAUCCCAGUAAGAAACAUGUCUUUAUUCAAGACUCUGGCCAGCUCAAGCAUAUAGGUGUUUCCCAGGAAUCCACUCCAAAUCAUGACCACAAGCCAAAUGACCUUGCUCGAGGUAUUGGAUCUGUCCAAGUCUUGGGUCCACUUCAGGCCCCCAAAUCAACAGAGUCCCCGAUGAAAUCAUUUGUAUCUAAGGAGUGUCCUCAGGAGAAUGCAGAGCCACAUGUGUCAUGGAUUUCUAUUCCACCCAAUCAUAAUUCCUGCUCUUCCAAGUGCCAGGUGGUCCACAAUGACCUGCAGACCUUCUCAGAGGUACCCGUGCUAGUUGAGUUGCAGCCGUCCACCAAGCAAACAGGAAGCCAGGACUGGGUAUACCACCCUGUAAAUAUAGCUCCUUCAGUCUGCCAGAAUUAUCGCCAGAUGUCUGUGCCUCCCAAAAGCAACUGGAAGCCCUACUAUCCUGGGCCAGGCACUCGAUUAGGUCAUGUGGUCUUUGAUGCUCGUCAGAGACAGUUUGGAGUGGGCAGGGACAAGUGUGAAGCUCUAUUUCCCAGGCGCUUUCGUCCAGACAUAGCCAGUAAUUCAGCAGAGUGGGAAUAUCAGUAUGUUAUGAGGAACUUUGACAAAGAGGGGACAAAAAUGCAUCAAGAAUAA